AGUGUGUUUUUCAGUCGUUCCGCUCAUCUGCUGGUUAAACAGUAAGGAUUGUAUAGGUAACAAAAUUUUCAGAGAACCACAGGCCACACAACCAUCAACUUUUCUUAGUGUCAUUUAUCUAACAUUUGACGCGAGAGUUAAUUUCUCGAGGAUAGCAGUAUUACUGCACGUAACAGUUGCUUUUGUAUAAGUGACAAAAAACGUGUCGAGUUCGUUUUGUGGGAUGACGAGCAUGUGAUUUUUUUUCGUUAACAUUGAAGAAUUCCAGAUAUUGGCUUUCAGCUCGUGAGAGUUGCCGGAACAUCGGUUCUAUAUGAGUCAGCCGACCGGCAAGUUGAUUGGAGUCAAGCGAAAGCACAGUGACGAGAACCAGGUGGAGGCAAAAAAGCCUGCCAUGGAGGAGGCAAAAAGAGCCAAUUUCUCUGCGUUGGUCAAUACAAAUGGUUUGGCAAAAACAUCACCAGCCGUAGGCAAACCAACUGCAGGCAAUGUCAAGAAGAUUGUCAUCAAGUCCAUGAAGGAACUCCCUCGAUUGCCAGACAAUUACCAGGAUAUUGCUUGGCAGAAGCUGGAAGAAGCUGUUGUCGCCAUUCAGAAUUCCACCUCUAUUAAAUCCGCCCUAGAAGACUUAUAUCAGGCUGUGCAAAACCUUUGCAGUCACAGUUUUGCCCCCCUUGUGUACAGCAAGUUAAAAAACUUGACAGAAGCACACGUUCAAUCUAAUCUAGCCCAGUUUUUGGCAGAAUCCAUUGAUCCCUGUGUGUUCCUGAAAAUGAUGAAUGACUGUUGGCAAUCUCACUGCCAACAAAUGAUUCUCAUUCGUGGCAUAUUUCUUUAUCUGGAUCGUAAAUAUGUACUUCAGAAUCCAGGAGUCAUGUCACUCUGGGACAUGGGCUUAGACACGUUUAAGGUCUACAUCAUUAGCGAUCCACUAGUCCAGACCAGGACGGUCGACGGCCUGCUCUUGCUCAUUGAUAAAGAGCGGCAAGGUGACACGGUCGAACGUUCCCUCUUGAAAUCACUGUUGCGCAUGCUCUCCGACCUUGGCAUCUACCACGAGGCCUUUGAGACCAAGUUUUUGUCAUCGACGGAACAAGUCUACAGCACCGAGGGCCAGCACCUGAUGCAAGAACGCGAAGUGCCUGAAUAUCUCGCCCAUGUCGAUAAAAGAUUGCACGAAGAGAACGAGAGGCUUCUUCACUAUCUCGAUCACUCGACCAAGAGAGCUUUGAUAACGACGGUGGAGAAACAGCUGAUUGGGGAACAUCUGGUGCAGAUCUUGCAGAAAGGAUUGGACGCGCUUGUCGAAGAGAAUCGCAUUUCCGAUCUGAAACUCAUGUUCAGUUUACUGUCGCGAGUCAAGAACGGGCCGCAAGAACUCAACACGAAUUUCUGCAUGUACGUCAAGAAGCGCGGGCGAACCAUCGUUAUCGAUCCCGAGAAGGACAAGACGAUGGUCCAGGAGCUGCUCGACUUUAAGGAAAAGUUGGACAAUAUUGUCGUCACGUGUUUCGGCCGUAACGAGAAAUUUGUCAAUAGUCUCAAAGAGUCUUUUGAGAAUUUUGUCAAUCAGAGAUUGAACAAGCCAGCGGAGCUUAUUGCCAAAUUCGUUGAUUCAAAGUUACGAUCUGGCAACAAGGAAUCAACUGAGGAAGAGAUGGAACGGUUACUCGAUAAAAUAAUGGUUUUAUUUCGAUUCAUUCAUGGCAAAGAUGUUUUUGAAGCCUUCUACAAAAAGGAUCUGGCCAAACGUCUAUUGGUGGGCAAAUCGGCCAGCGUCGAUGCGGAGAAGAGCAUGCUGUCCAAGUUGAAGCAAGAGUGCGGUGGCGGUUUCACUUCUAAAUUAGAGGGCAUGUUUAAAGAUAUGGAAUUAUCCAAGGAUAUCAACGUCGCCUUCAAACAGUAUCUUGCUCAUCUCAAUCAACCUGAGUUGACCAACAUGGAUCUGACUGUGAACAUCCUGACAAUGGGUUAUUGGCCAACGUAUGCACCUAGUGAAGUCACUCUGCCUCCCGAAAUGGUCCAUUUUCAAGAGACUUUUAAAAAGUUUUACUUGGGUAAACAUUCUGGCCGCAAACUGCAAUGGCAGCCUUCACUGGGCCUGUGCGUUUUGAAAGCCUCAUUCCCAAUGGCUACCAAAGAGCUUCAGGUCUCUUUGUUUCAGACUUUGGUGCUUUUGUUGUUCAAUGCGGCCGAUGAGUUGCCAUUCGAGGAGAUCAAAGCCUCCACGAAUAUCGAGGAUGCUGAAUUAAGACGAACUUUGCAAUCGCUGGCAUGUGGAAAGGCUCGUGUACUUCGAAAAGUGCCAGCAGGAAAAGACAUUUUGGAUGGCGAUAGAUUCAGCUAUUGCAAGGAUUUUACCAACAAAUUGUUCAGAAUCAAAAUUAAUCAGAUUCAAUUAAAAGAAACGACGGAAGAGCAAAAAGCGACGGAAGAGCGAGUGUUCCAGGAUCGGCAGUACCAGAUCGACGCAGCUAUCGUCCGUAUUAUGAAGAUGCGCAAGACACUCACCCACAAUCUACUCAUAACCGAACUGUACAAUCAGCUCAACUUCCCGGUCAAGCCCGCCGAUUUGAAAAAGAGAAUCGAAUCCCUUAUCGAUAGAGACUACAUGGAAAGGGACAAGGACAAUCCAAACCAGUACAACUAUGUGGCGUGAUCACCUACGAAAACAAUAACAAGAACUUUCCCAGCCUAUUUAAAUGAGUACCAGGUGUUGUGGGGAGCGUGAAAAAAAAAACAAAUAAAAGAGAAGAUGGAAAUAGAAA